AUGGCUAGUGCGUUGGCUUUGUUGCAAGGUUUAGGACAGAAAGUUCGUGGAAAGGAACAUAAUGAGUGUAGAACUCUUCAAAUAAAUGUGCCAGCUCCCGUUAACGUUGAUAUAGGAUUCAACGAUAUCACUAUGGAAGUGUCUACCGGAUUGUUGACGAAAAAAAAAAAAACCAUCUUAACAAAUGUAUCCGGCCACUUCAAAUCAGGACAGUUGACAGCUAUUAUGGGCCCGUCUGGUGCCGGCAAAACAACGCUUCUUAACGCACUCACAGGAUUCUCGGUUGAAGGAGUCAAAGGUAAAAUUCGUGCUGGCGAUAGCAUAUGUGAGUUAGGAAGAAACGAAAAGUACCAAGACCUGAAAGAGUAUCGUAAGAAAUCUUGUUACAUACUGCAGGAUGACAGAUUGAACCCACUGUUUACAGUCGGUGAACUGAUGAAAUUUGCUGCAGACUUGAAACUUGGAAAUUGUUUAAACGCAAAGUUAAAAGAUUCCGUUAUUAAUGAUGUACUUGAGACAUUAGGUUUGACGGGUACAGAGAAUACGAGAUGUUGCAAUCUGUCAGGAGGACAGAGGAAACGGUUGUCUAUUGCCGUUGAACUCAUCGACAACCCACCUGUGAUCUUUUUAGACGAGCCGACUACAGGACUGGAUAGUACGACGUCAGCGCAUUGCAUGAAGAUGCUUAAAGAACUUGCUCUGUCGGGUAGGACAAUCGUCUUCACAAUACAUCAGCCACCCGCAUCAUUAUACAAAAUGUUUGACCAGGUGUACAUCUUGGCCGAAGGAAAAUGUAUCUACGAUGGUCCGAGCGAAGACACGGUGCCAUACCUAGCGUCAUUAGGUCUGCAGUGUCCUAAGUAUCAUAACCCAGCCGAUUACAUAUUGGAGAUAGCCAAUGGAGAAUAUGGCAAAUUCAAUGAGUUUUUGGCAGCGAAAAUCUGCAGUCACCACUACUUCGAUGAAAAGCCAUUCAUCGAAUCCCCGAAAAUGCCUCCCAAGUUUUCGUGCGGCAAAUUAACAAUUGUCGUCAACAAUCCGCCGGAAUUAUACAAAUUUAAUGUGCUUUUUAAGCGAUGUCUCAUUCAACUUUAUAGAGAUUGGACAGUUACACAUCUAAAAAUAUUAUUACAUAUAGCUCUAGGAAUAUUAAUGGGUAUAUUCUAUCAGUACAUGGGUAACGAUGCAUCAAAGACCUUCAGUAAUCUUGGCUAUCUCAUUAUCUCUGCCUCUUAUCUAUGCUACACUUCGAUGAUGCCUGGCGUGCUUAAAUUUCCAGAUGAGUUACCCGUGUUAAAGAAGGAAAGUUUUAAUAACUGGUAUAACCUCAGGACGUACUAUGCUGCUACAUUAGUAACCAGUAUACCUUUACAGAUCUCAUUUAGUAUUGUCUACUCAGCACCAUCGUACCUCCUAUCCGGUCAGCCGACAGAACUAUGGCGGUUUGCCAUGUUUGUAUUAGUUCUAGCUAAUGUCACUCUGCUGGCUGAUGCCAUAGGAAAUCUCAUAGGCACGUGUGUACAAGCCAUUAACGGGACAUUUUUUGGUGCUAUCACAACGUGUGCUAUGAUCGUCUUCGCGGGAUUUCUGGUGUUGACGUCACACAUGUCACCUCUUAUGCAGUACCUAUCUUUCAUCUCGUUCCUCAAGUACGUCUUUGAGGCCCUCGCUCUCUCGGUCUACGCGUACAAUAGGGCGCCUCUUGAUUGCCCAGAGAGCGAACUGUAUUGUCAUAUGAAGCUUAAGUUUAUUCUAGUCCUAUUGAUAUUAACCAAAAGUGCAAUGACCGAUGUUUCGUACUAUGAACUAUUAGGGGUAGCCAAAGGAGCAUCAACACAAGAGAUAAAACAGGCGUACAAAAAGCUGGCUGUGAAACUACAUCCUGAUAAAAAUUCUGACAAAGGUGAACAGAAGAAAUUCCUUGAAAUCACGGAGGCUUAUGAAACUCUAAAGGAUCCUCAGAAAAGACACAAAUAUGAUUUAUAUGGAUCACAACAAUCAUAUACUAGGAAAUAUGAUUACCAUUCACAAAGUGAAUACAAUGAUUUGUAUUUCAAUGGACUAUAUCAUGAGGAUCCAUUUGUUAAAACAUUAUCUGCAGAUGGUUUCUAUUCAUAUUUGGGUGAAGGAUUAUGCUUCAUUAAUUUUUAUUCUCCAUUCUGUCCUCCGUGUCAAAAUUUAGCCAAACACUGGAAAAAUUUGGCUAAAGUUUAUGAGAGAAUCAUAAAUGUAGGAGCUGUAAACUGCAAGUAUUAUAAUUCAUUUUGUUACAAUAAUAUGAGGAUUGGUAGUUAUCCUACACUUCUGUUUUAUCCUAAUGGCAAGACUGGAAAUUAUCUUCGUUAUAAUGGUGCCCAUACAUUUGAUGCUCUAGAAGAUUUCAUAAUCAAAUUUGUGCGCAGUAGAGUCCAUGUGGGCACAAUAACUCAAGUUUUGAACACUGAUAAACCUAUUUUAUAUGUUUUAAAUGAAGAUAAUAUAGGUAAAAACGCAAUUUUGAGAAUUGCUUACCAUCUUAAUGGUCUCGCCACUGUGGUCAUAGCUGAAAAUAUUCGGCAACGUAUAAGCAAUAACCCCGAAACAGUAAUUGUGUUCAAAUACAAUAAGAAUCAUAAAGAGAUAUCAAGCAUGGAUGAAAAGGAAAUUAUCCAAGAAGUUGUCGAAAUGCUUCCAAAAAUAGAGGAAAUUGGAUUGAAAACUUUACAGAAAAUUAGAAACAAUCUUCGCAAUGGACAUUACACUCCUUGGGUUUUAUAUUUCACUACACAAGAGGAUGAUAACAUAUUACUAUUACAUCAAAUGCAAAUGGCGUUACCUGAGAUGAACUUUGGCGUGCUGGACUGCUCGGCGCUGGAGGAGCUGUGCCGCUCGCUGCAGUGGGAGCGCGCGGCGGGCUGGGCGCUGCUGAAGGCGGGCGGCGCGUUCCAGCGCGUGCGCGGCGCCGCGCCCGCCGCGCUGCGUCGCGCCGCGCACGCGCGCGCGCUGCACUCGCUGUCCGUGUCCGAGCUGCAGCGCGUGCUCGCCGCAGAAAUGGGCAUAUGGGUGCUACUUAUAGCACCAUACGAAGUCUCGUGGGAACACUUGGAGGAACCAUUCACUCAGGCUAGCUUUGAAUUGUUGGAUUCUGGAAUCAGUUUUGGCAUUAUGUCCUGCACUUCUACCACAGAUAAGUAUUGUCGCGAAGUGGCACAAGAUGAACCCGUGAUUCUCGUACAGAACGGCACUAACAGAUUCAGAUAUGUCGGAGAUUCGAACAAAGAUGAAAUCAUAGAGUUCAUAGAACUCCUCAUAGAAACUUCCGACAUGGAGCUGUCGGCACAGGAGGCGCGCACUCUGGAGGGCGGCGGCGCGGGCGGCGCGGGGCGCGCGGGCCGCGUGUGCGCGUGCGCGCUGCUGCCGGCGCGCUGCGGGCCGGCCUGCGACCGCAUCCGCCACGAGUGGAGGCUCGUCGCCAAACGGUUGAGACCGUUGGAUUACGUGAAGGUGGGGAUAAUCGAUUGUGGCGUGCUACAGCUCUCGAUCUGUAACAUCAUACGCAGCCCCGUUGCAAAAGUCUACCCGCUUGACCCGAAUAGUCACAUUAAUACAAUAAGCUUGCAGCACCAAACGCAAGCGCCUUACAUCCUGGACUGGGCGCUUGAUUACAUAUACGACAAAGUUGCGAAACUUAACUGGCAAUCUUUCACAAAGAACGUCAUAGCCGAAGAAUUAUAUCCCAGCAGCACCAAGAAACCGUGGCUGAUAUAUUUCCAUUCGCCCAGAUGCUACCACUGCUAUGUGAUGUAUCCUGACUUUGUUAUCGCUGCAUUUCACCUCGAGAACAGCUUACAGUUUGGCAAAGUGAACUGCAUCACCGAGAGGAAUAUCUGUCAACACGAACACAUCCAGAGCUAUCCGACCAUCAAGCUGUACUUAAACCGCGACCAACACAGAGCUACUCGCGUCGUUACAUUCCAACCGAAGGAUUACGCUCGCCUCAUUGAAGAAAUUAAACCUCAUUUAACGAGGUAUAAUGAAAUACCGGGUAUAAAUAAUAUUGAAAUCAAAAGUCAUAUAAAUUUUAGAGAUGAACUCUAAUGUUAUAUACAGACAAGAUUCGUCG